AUGUGGGCGUGGGCACGGAAGAAGGGGUACCAGAUUCCGGCUUGGUACCAGCGGGACAAAAGCUCCGUACGAACAGAUGAAGUGGAAUCUGAGGUCCCUGGAGCGGGAGUCUCGGGGGAGGACAAGAUCCUGGACGACCCCUCUCGCUACGAUUUCAAAGACGGUAGUAGUGGGGACUCAUGGCGACGAGUGUUAAUUUGCAUGCCCGGGAUCACUGACUUCCGAGGCGUUUUCGAUAUGGAUGGCGACGGUAGUAACAUGCAGUACAUUAGUGGGCAGCACGACGAGGAUAUGGUGGCGCGACGACAAGAGAUCGAAGAGACGUGGUGGCGGGACCUCAGUCUCGCGCAGCUAAGAAUCCAGCCAGGUGGACCUGUACCUGUUGGAUCGUGA